GCCGUCAACAAUACGUCAAACGCAACCAAAAAAUCUUCCGAGCUCGAUACAUCAAUCGUUGUGACGUGGUGAAAAUUUUCGGCUAGAAUCACCUCAGUGCCAUCGAAUAUUUCGCAAUUUUCAGGCUCAGAAGUGAUAAAUUGGUCACCAGUGCACUACGAAUCUAUUCCUUGCGUUCGAGACAAGCGGUGGACGGUGAAAUCCGGCACGGAAACGAUUCAAAAUGAGCUCUUUCAAGAGAGACAAAAAAGAGGAGGAGGAAGGGGGUAACAAUCCCUUCAUGAAUCUAGAGAAGACGGCCGUGUUACAGGAAACAAGAAUGUUCAACGAGACACCAGUCAAUGCCCGCAAAUGCACCCACAUUCUGACGAAAAUUUUGUACCUCAUCAAUCAGGGUGAACAACUGGGCACUCGCGAGGCGACUGAAUGUUUUUUCGCCAUGACAAAGUUGUUCCAAUCGAAGGAUGUCAUCAUGCGCCGCAUGGUCUAUUUGGGCAUCAAGGAGCUAAGCCCGAUUGCCGAUGAUGUGAUUAUCGUAACUAGCUCGUUGACCAAGGACAUGACCGGAAAGGAAGAUUUGUAUCGUGCUCCAGCGAUUCGUGCAUUGUGCAGUAUUACCGAUAAUACGAUGCUGCAGGCGGUUGAACGUUACAUGAAGCAGUGUAUUGUGGAUCGGAACGCUUCGGUGUCCAGUGGAGCCUUGGUGAGUUCGUUGCACUUGACAACCACGGCGGGUGAUGUGGUCAAACGUUGGGCCAACGAAGCACAGGAAGCAUUGAAUAGCGAUAACAUCAUGGUGCAAUAUCACGGAUUGGGUUUGCUGUACCAUAUCAGAAAGGCCGACCGACUGGCCGUCACCAAGUUGGUGAAUAAAUUGACCAAGCAAAAUUUGAAAAGCCCGUAUGCAGUUUGUUUCUUGAUCAGAAUAGCUUGUAAAAUAAUCGAGGAGGAGGAUGCAGCCGGGAAUUCAAGCGCCGAGUCGCCUUUGUUUGUUUUUGUGGAGUCGUGUUUGAGGAACAAAAGUGAAAUGGUUGUUUACGAAGCGGCGCAUGCUUUUGUAAAUCUGAAGAGGACCAACCCUAGGGAGCUCUCUACCGCGGUGAGCAUCCUCCAGCUGUUCUGUGGAUCUUCGAAGGCCACCCUCAGAUUUGCCGCUGUCAGAACGAUGAAUAAAGUUGCGAUGCUUCAUCCACCAGCUGUUAACGUUUGCAAUCUGGACCUCGAAGGAUUGAUUGCCGACUCGAAUCGCUCAGUUGCCACCCUGGCAAUCACAACGCUGCUGAAGACGGGAGCUGAAAGUUCGGUCGAACGUUUGAUGAAGCAGAUUGCAACGUUCGUCGCGGAAAUCUCCGACGAGUUCAAGGUGGUCGUGGUUCAAGCCAUUCGCGCGCUUUGUUCCAAAUUCCCCCGCAAGCACGGGGUUAUGAUGAACUUUCUUAGCGGAAUGUUACGCGAGGAGGGUGGCCUCGAGUAUAAAACAUCAAUUGUUGACACAAUCAUCCUGAUCAUUGAAGAAAAUCCGGAAGCUAAAGAGUCCGGCCUAUCGCACCUAUGCGAGUUUAUUGAAGAUUGUGAGCACACUUCGCUGGCCGUACGAAUUCUCCACUUGAUGGGCAAAGAAGGCCCGUACUCGAAGUGUCCCUCCCGCUACAUUCGAUUCAUCUACAAUCGGGUAAUUUUGGAAAAUGCCACCGUUAGAGCUGCAGCGGUCGCAGCCAUCGCUCAGUUCGGAGCUUCCUGUCCGGAUCUGUUGCCGAAUGUGCUAGUACUGUUGAACCGUUGCCAAAUGGAUUCGGACGAUGAGGUGCGCGAUCGCGCCACCUAUUACUAUUCAAUCCUGACAAAAUCAAGCCCCGAACUCAACAAGGCUUAUAUCACCGAAAAUGGAAUCGUGUCUUUGCCACUGCUGGAGAAAUCGCUCAAGGAGCACUUGAAUGGACCACUCACGGAGAAAUUCGAUAUUGCGAUUGUGCCUAAGUCACAAACCGUUCAACCGCAGACUACCGAUGAAGUCAUGAUCAUGAACAAUGCAAUCCCGAAAGUGCCACGAAUCACGCGGGAAGAAGCCAACACUGAGAAACUGCUCCAGAUUCCUGGCAUACAUCGGCUUGGAGCCCUACACAAAUCAUCUGCUCCGGUACAGCUCACCGAAAGUGAAACCGAAUACACUGUGUCCUGUAUCAAGCACUGCUUCGGCAGUCACGUUGUUUUCCAAUUCGAUUGCGUGAACACCCUUUCCGAUCAACUUCUCGAAAAUGUACGCGUCGAUCUGGUACUGCCGGAUGGAUUUAUCAAACGAGCGGUCAUACCGUGUCCGAAGCUUCCCUAUGGCGAAAAAGAAUCCACCUACGUUAUCGUUGAGUUCCCACCAGAUCUACCCAAUUCAAUCGCUGCUUUUGGAGCAACACUACGGUUUCUCGUUAAAGACUGUGACCCGUCGACUGGUCUGCCUGAUUCCGACGAGGGUUACGACGACGAGUAUAUGCUUGAGGACAUCGAAAUAACCGUUGCUGAUCAGAUCCAGAAAUCCAAGAAACAAAACUUCAACGCCGCUUGGGAGAGCGCGGAUCCGGAUGAAUGGGUUGAAGCGGAAGAUACCUUUGUGCUGUCUACGGUGAGCAGUUUACAGGAAGCGGUGAAUACGAUUCUCAAGUUCCUUGGACUUGCGCCCGCCAAUCUAUCGGAGAAGGUGGCAGAUGGUGCCCACACUCAUACCCUGCUGUGCUCAGGUACAUUCCGUGGUGACAUCGAGGUGUUGGUGCGUUCGAAGCUGGCCGUCUCAGACGGUGUGACGAUGCAUCUGACGGUACGAGCAAUGGACGCGGAUGUUGCGGAAUUAAUCACAUCCGCCGUAGGUUGAGUGACUGGGACAAAUCGCCACACAGCCAUUAGCAACACCUUUACACACACAUACACACAUACACGCAUGCUCUUACCUAAAUCUCGUGCAAGAGUUCGUUCUUUUAUGUUAUGAACAUUUGGAAAGUAUCUAUAGUGGAUAGUGUUAAGUUUUUCGUCGGCAUUCGUUAGUUACUACAGUAGAAAUGAUAGAACAUAAACAGUAAACGGAAAAGAUGAACGGCACCAUUGUAAGCCACCCUGGAAAAAGAAAACCACACAAAAAGCAUGAGUAUAUAAUAUAUGGAUAAAUCCUGGAACGAAUAUGUGAAUAAUACUGUAUUAAUGCAUCUAUGGUAUGAUGAGAAAAAUAUAAAUCGUUUCUUUUAAGUGACAAA